AUGAGUGAAUUUGUAUAAUUAGAUGAAGAACAAAUUGCCAAAUAUUAGACUUUCCACAAAAAACUCAGAGUUGACAUGGAAAAAGCCUUGCAGAAACUCUAAUAAUUAGAACACAAACAAGAAGAUUACCAACUAGUCAUAGAAUACAUUAAAAACAAUUCAGGCUAAUCACAAAUGAAAAUGAAUGUUGGUGCCAAUACAUUCCUAGAUGUUGAAUUAGUAAAUCCAUUAAUGAUUACACUCGAUGUGGGAAUGAAUGUCUUUGUUGAAUUGAAUUUCUCAGAAGCCGAGAAAAUCACUGCUAAACAAAUCCAAAUUCUUCAAAACAAAAUUGAAGAACAGAAAAAAUCUAUUCUUAGUAUCCAACAAUAUAUUGAUUAAGUUGAAGAGAUUUUGUUAUAAUUUAAGUGA